UGGUUACAGAAAGGAAUACCGCAGUCAAACACGUCCUUUCUCUACCUGAAACCUGACGACUGCGGAAUUCUUCUGAUGUUUUAAAUUCAGCUAAAUCCAGGAAAGAAGAUGGACUUAUUGGAAUCAGUAAAGCGAUUCUUGGAGAACGAAGAUGGCGAAAAUGAGUCCACAAUCGAUUCCAUGCCUGCCAAAUUCAUCGAGCCCAUUGUCGCGCAGGGGCUCAAGGUCGACCUGGUUGAGCCCGGCCGCCUUAUCUGCUCUCUCAAAGUUCCCCCGCGCCUAGUGGAUGCCGGCAACAGAUUGCACGGCGGAGCCAUGGCGACGCUGCUUGACCUUCUGACUUCGGUGGUUUUUCACACUGCGGAAUUGGGGACUUUUCAUUCCGGGGUAUCCGUCGAGAUCAACAUUUCCUUUGUCGAUGUUGCUGUUCUUGGUGAGGAAAUCGAGAUAGAGUCGAAAGUAUUACGCGUUGGGAAGAUGAUAUGUGUUGCGAGUGUGGAAUUGAGGAAGAAAGAGACGGGGAAGAUAAUUGCUCAAGGACGUCACACUAAAUACUUGGGCAUUCGCAGUAGGGUUUGAACUUGUUUGACUAUUUGCUUUCUCCAUAACUCCAUUUUCCCCUAUUUUUAGCUGUUUAAUUUGGGUGAACUGGGCAAAAAGAGCCUGUGGUGUUGGAGAAAUAUAUAUACAGAAAAGUGGGAAUGAAAAUAGUAAGACCUGUUUAAUUAUGAUGAAACUUGUUAAUAUGCUCUUUAUGCGAGCACUCUAUUCACUCCUAUAAGGAGGCAUUGAUGAACAGUUGAAUGAAAGAGGAGAAACAUUGGACUAGUUUUUUAA